GCUUGUCUUCAGCUCCCAUGCUCACCUCGAGCAGAUGCCUCUCGACGACAGCUGUACGCGGCGCGCAGCAGACUAUGCGCAAUGCACAGACGGCCGUCGCAAAGGGGACCGCAUUCGAGCAGCGCUCGCUGGCGGUCGCGCGAACCAGGUUGUCCAUGUCCCUCCGCCGCGUCGGCGGCAAGUCUGACGGUGGCAUUGACCUCACGGGUUGGUGGUGGCUCCCGCACUCGUUAGAUAUGGCUCAGUCACAGCAUGCCUCGGCUGGAAAUGCUGUUCAGUCGCAGCCUCACCCAAGGCGACGAAUCCGCGUCCUCGCGCAGUGCAAAGCGGAGAAGAAGAAAAUCGGCCCGAACUAUGUGCGCGAGAUGGAAGGCGUGCUAUACCAAUACCGCGGCGCGUCACCGCGACAAGCAGCUUUGUCCCUCACCGAACCUCCCUCGUCCGAGGACACUGGAGAGGACACCGACUCGUCUAACGGACACCCUAUCGUUGCACUCUUCAUCUCCGAGUCGCCCUUCACGAAGUCGACUAUGUUACGCGCCUUGUCCUCGACUGUGCCCUUCCUACUUCUUCACCUACCACCCACUCAUUCCACAACACCCUCACCUUCCUCUUCUGCCUCCUCCGCCGACGUCACUGACGACACGACCAUCAUGGGCUCCAUUCUCAUGAACCACGCCCUCUCUCGCAUGCUCGGAGGCGAACUCGAGGUCCGGUGGGAACGCAACUUAUCCGACGGGCGCCAAAGUACGGACGGGAUGUGGACACCGGGGGGACGACCUGGGCUCUAUUGGAAGGGACGAAGACUGGAGCCGUGGACGCAGGAUGGGGACGGGUAUGAUGAUUCUGCUUCGUCGUGGCGUUGAAGAGGACGUUUGUAUACCUCAACGUGGAGAUUCGUACGCAUCAGUACGGGGAUUCGUAUACCCCAACUCGUCUGAUACCUCAACUCGGAACUCAACCCAAACGCCGC